AUGUCGGAAUUGACUCAAACCGAUCUGGUUUACUCGUCUCGGUCGCUUAAACUGUGGAAUGUUUUGGUGAACUGGCUCGAUUUUCUCUACCAGUUGUUUCUUAAGAUCCUUCGCGCCGUCGCUCACCUUCCUCUUCUCUCUACCUCUUCUUCCUCGUCCUCUUCGAAAGCCCUCGCCGAUGGUUUUAAACCGUUGCCAGUCACCGAGUUACCGGAGAUUUCGGCGAAAUCAACCGUCACCGUGAAAAUCGACUCCGCGAGAAGAAGCUCCGACGAAGGCCAAGUUCGUAGCAUCCCCAGACUCACGGUAGUUCUCGACGUGGAUGAGACAUUAGUGAGUGCGUAUGAGUCAUCAAGUCUAACUUCUACUAUACGUACUCAAGCUAUUGAAGCUGGAUUAAAGUGGUUUGAGAUAGAUUGCAUAUCAUCAACCAAGGUAUACAACGGAGAACCUAAAAUCAAUCAUGUCACAGUGUUUGAACGUCCAGGGUUACACCAAUUCCUAGAGAAACUCAGCCAAUUUGCAAAUCUUAUUGUUUUCACCGCUGGUCUCGAAGAUUACGCUAGACCGCUUGUGGACAGAAUAGAUACAAAGCAUGUAUUAAACGACCGGCUUUAUCGACCUUGUACUGUCAGCACGCAAUAUGGAGAUCACGUGAAGGAUCUAUCGUCAGCAUCAAAGAACAUGUGUAGGACAGUUAUCGUCGACAACAAUCCUUACAGCUUUCUGUUACAACCUCUAAACGGGAUUCCAUGUGUUCCGUUUUCUGCACAACAGCCUAAUGAUACUCAGCUACUGGAUGUUAUUCUUCCACUUCUUAAGCAACUCUCGGAAGAGGAAGAUGUAAGACCAGCUCUCUACGAUAGGUUUCACAUGCCUGAAUGGUUUGAAAAGCAAGGCAUACCAAGGUCUUGCUGGACAUCAUCAUCAUCACCAUCACAAGUCCCUGAUGAAUCCAGAUAG